AACAAAUUGAUAAUCAGCACCGCCAAGAGCAGAGGAUAUUUUUAAUAUUCCAUUUACUGUUCCGUAACUCCCACAAAGUCAUGACUAAUUCACAAUUCCAACUGCGCCUAGCGUGUUCUUGAGGAAACGAUCCUCAUGUGUCUUCUCCUUUGAAUCCGCUUCUACUCCGAUCGCAAUCGAACCCUGAGAGAUUCUCUCUCCACGCGUUAUCGUCUUCUCAGAUUACUUGAUUUUUUUUUCCGGUUGUUUUCCCCGUUUACUUGUGAGAAUUUUGCUUUUCAGAAUCCGAAGAUGUUGGAAGAUCAGGUAGCCUACUUGUUACAGCGGUACUUAGGGAACUAUGUGAGAGGAUUGAGUAAGGAAGCCCUUAAGAUCAGUGUCUGGCAAGGAGAUGUAGAGCUGAAAAAUAUGCAACUAAAACCCGAAGCACUUAAUGCUUUGAAAUUACCUGUCAAGGUUAAAGCUGGAUUUCUUGGAUCAGUGAAACUCAAGGUACCGUGGAGCAGGCUUGGCCAGGAACCUGUAGUGGUUUAUCUUGACCGAAUUUAUGUAUUAGCCGAACCCGCAACGGGUGUUGAAGGAUGUAGUGAGGAUUCUAUCCAGGAGAAAAAAAGAAAGCUAAUACUGGAAAUGGAAACAAAACUAGUAGAAAGAGCUCGUCGACUACAUACAGAAAUGAACAAAUCAUGGAUAGGAUCAUUGGUCGACACAGUCAUGGGAAACUUGAAGCUGUCGAUAUCAAACAUUCACAUAAGAUACGAAGAUCUAGAGAGCAAUCCCGGCCAUCCUUUCUCAGCUGGUGUUACAUUAGAGAAACUCUUAGCUGUAACCAUUGAUGAUAGUGGAAAGGAGACUUUUAUUACUGGCGGGACUCUGGCUUCCAUUCAAAAGUCUGUUGAACUUGAUCGGCUUGCAUUCUAUCUUGAUUCUGACAUGUCUCCGUGGCAUAUUGACAAACCAUGGGAUGAUUUACUUCCGUUUGAAUGGGAUCAGAUUUUUAGAUUUGGCACAAAGGAUGGUAAGCCAGCUGAAUGCCUCACGAGAAAGCAUUUCUAUAUUCUGCAACCCGUCUCAGGGAACGCAAAGUACUCUAAGUCUCAAGCAAAUGGAUCUUCCAAUACUGUUCAACCUUUGCAGAAGGCAUAUGUUAACUUAGACGAUGUGAUACUUUGUUUAUCGAAGGGAGGAUACAGGGAUGUGAUGAAACUUGCUGAUAAUUUUGCUGCGUUCAAUCAGCGUUUAAAAUAUGCACAUUACCGUCCAUCUGUUUCAGUAAAAAUGGACGCAAGAUCUUGGUGGAAAUAUGCUUACAGAGUUGUUUCAGAACAAAUUAAGAUAGCAAGUGGAAGAAUGUCAUGGGAACACGUUUUAAAGUACAGUAGUCUACGCAAGAGAUACAUCACGCAUUAUGCUUCGUUGCUGAAAUCUGAUAUCAGUAGGACAGUUGUUGAGGGUGAUGAAGAAAUUGAGGCCCUUGAUCGGCAACUUGAUACCGAAGUCAUUUUGCAAUGGAGGAUGUUGGCGCACAAGUUUGUUGAGAGGUCGGUACAAGCAGAAAAUUACUUGAAGACGCAACAGGCUAAAAGCUCAUGGUGGCCGUUUGGAGGGAAGAGUGAAGUGUCUGAAGGUGAAGGAGAUCCUGUUCAAUUCACAGAUGAAGAUUGGGAACGCUUAAAUAAAGUGAUAGGGUACAAAGAAGGUGAUGGGCAGUCAAUUAUUGACAAUGCAAAACCUGAUGCUCUCCAUACUUACUUGGAGGUGCACAUGAGGCGUAAUGCUUCUAAACUUUAUGAUGGAGAGAAGGAAUGCCUUGCUGAGUUAUCAUGCGAAGAUCUUAAUUGCUCCAUUAAGCUUUUCCCAGAGACAAAGAUUGCCGACAUUAAGUUGGGGAGAUAUCGCUUGUCAUCGCCAAGUGGUUUGCUUGCUGAGUAUCUGAAGGAUUCUAUUGAUGGAAUUGUUAACUUCUUCGAAAGCAGUACUGCUGUGAGCCAGACAAUAGCUUUAGAGACUGCAGCUGCUGUACAGUCAACUAUUGAUGAAGUUAGACGCACUGCUCAACAAGGAAUGAAUAGAGCAUUGAAAGAUCAUGCAAGGUUUCUGCUCGACUUAGAUAUCGCAGCACCCAAAAUCACAAUUCCAACCGAAUUUCGUCCUGAUAACCAUCGUUCUACAAAGCUUCUUCUAGAUUUGGGUAAUCUGGUCAUCCGUUCCCAGGACGACUAUAAGCGUGAACUGCCAGAGGAAAUGGAUAUGUAUCUACAGUUUGAUUUAGUUUUGAGUGAUGUGUCAGCAUUACUUGUUGAUGGCGAUUACUCCUGGAAACAGUUAUCCUCGAAAAGAUCUUCUGGUUCUGACAGGGAAAGCAGUGUUACUUUCUUGCCAGUUAUUGAUAAAUGUGGGGUACUCUUAAAACUUCAACAGAUUCGUCGACCAAACCCAUCGUACCCAUCAACCAGACUUGCUGUGCGGCUACCGUCACUAGGUUUUCACUUCUCACCGGCUCGAUACCAUAGGUUGAUGCAAGUUGCACAGAUCUUUCAAACUAAGGAUGAUGACAGCUCUCACAUUCUUCGUCCAUGGGAAGAAGCUGAUUUCGAGGGUUGGUUGUCUAUUCUUAGCUGGAAGGGCAGAGAAGCUACAUGGCAGCGGCGGUAUUUAUGCUUAGUUGGGCCUUUUAUCUACGUUCUCGAAAGUCCUGGCUCAAAAUCUUAUAAGCAGUAUUCCAGCUUACGUGGGAAGCAUAUAUACAAAGUUCCUGUAGAACUUGCAGGAGGCGUAGAGCACGUCUUGUCCGUUCGUAAUGCUUCUCGAAUCAGUGAGAAGGUUAUGGAGGAUGUAAAUGCACUCAUAUUAAUGUUUGAUUCUGAAGACUCCAGAAAAACUUGGCACAGCCGUUUGCAGGGAGCUGUCUAUCGGGCCUCGGGUUCUGCUCCCAUAGCCGGUCUUUCUGAUACUUCCUCUGACAGCGAGGAAUCAGAAACAGAACAGAAAGAAGAUGUUUUGGAUUUGUCUAAGUUGGAGAGUGUGUAUGUAACCGGUGUGCUUGAUGAACUCAAAAUAUGUUUCAGUUAUGGUCAGCAGCAUGACGCUUCUUUCAUGGCGGUGCUUCUUGCCAGAGAGAGUAAACUGUUUGAGUUCAGGGCCAUAGGUGGGAAGGUUGAAGUCUCGAUGAGAGGAAGUGAUAUGUUUAUUGGGACAGUGCUAAAAUCUUUAGAAAUAGAAGAUUUGGUGAGCCAAUCUGGUUCAAACGAGUCUUGUUAUUUGGCAAGAUCUUUUAUUCAAUCUUCAGUAGUGCUUCCAUCCUUUGAAGAUACUGAGAUUGGGAACCCUGAAGGAAAUGAUCUUACUUCUAGUGAAGGGGAGGAAAAGUUUUAUGAAGCACCUGAGAUCUUGGUUGACUCCAUUGACUAUACAUCUCUCAGGACCCCUAGUUUUAGUCGCAUUGAUGGAUUGCUCCCUGUUGACAGCAAGAAUAUCACUAGGCCAAGCAAUGAGGCGACUGAGUCGCUGGAUAGUUUUGUGAAGGCUCAAAUAGUCAUAUACCAUCAGACGUCACCUCAAUAUAAUAAUAUUGAUAACCAGGUUACCGUAAGCUUAGCCACAUUAUCAUUUUUCUGUCGAAGGCCAACAAUUCUUGCUAUUUUGGAGUUCGUAAAUGCUAUCAAUGUUGAGGAUCCAAGCUGUGAAUCUUUUGAGGACAGCUCUCCUGUAGUUGGAGAGCAUAGUUCACCGAGAAGAGAUGGAUUUGAAGCUUCUAGGGAUGCAGCUGUUAAGGGUUUGUUAGGGAAGGGGAAAUCUAGAAUCAUUUUCAACUUGGCAUUGAACAUGGCUCGGGCGCAAAUAUUCCUAAUGAAUGAGAAUGGAACUACGUUUGCUACAUUGUCACAAGACAAUCUGCUAACAGAUAUUAAGGUCUUCCCGAACUCGUUCAGUAUUACAGCAAGUCUUGGAAAUUUACGAAUCAGUGAUGACAGCCUCCCAGACAACCAUAUGUACUUUUGGAUCUGUGAUAUGCGAGACCCUGGAGGAACUUCUUUUGUUGAGUUGGCAUUCACAUCAUUCAGUAUCAUUGACGAAGAUCAUGAGGGUUUCGACUACUGCCUCUCUGGACAGCUUUCUGAAGUGCGCAUUGUUUAUCUGAAUCGCUUUAUUCAAGAGAUUGCUGAAUACUUUAUGGGGCUUGUGCCAAGCGAUUCACAAGGAGUUGUCAAGAUGAAGGAUCAAAUUACGGACUCAGAGAAGUGGUUUACGACUAGCGAAAUUGAUGGAUCUCCUGCUCUUAAGUUGGAUCUAUCUCUUAAGAAGCCUAUAAUUCUCAUGCCUCGACAUACCGAGAGCCCUGAUUACCUGAAGCUUGAUGUUGUGCAUAUAACUGUGAACAAUACCUUUCAGUGGUUUGCUGGAGAUAAAAAUGAGCUGAAUGCUGUUCACAUGGAAACUAUGAAAGUGAUGGUCAUGGAUAUCAACCUUAAUGUUGGUUCUGGAGCUGAAAUAGGUGAAAGCAUAAUUCAAGAUGUGAAGGGGGUUUCUGUAACCAUUAACAGGUCUCUGCGAGACUUGUUGCAUCAGAUACCGAGCAUUGAAGUGUCUGUCGAGAUAGACGAAUUAAGAGCAGCCCUCUCGAACAGGGAAUACCAGAUCUUGACAGAGUGUGCACAGUCUAAUAUUUCUGAGAUUCCACAUACCGUGCCACCAUUGAGUGGUGAUAUUGUGGCAUCGUCAAGAAACUUACAGGAAACUCUUACUUCUGGGGAUCCUAAUGCUGCUCAAACUGAAAAAAGUGAUGCUUGGAUCUCAAUGAAGGUUUCCGUAGUCAUCAAUCUAGUGGAGUUGUGUUUGUAUGCUGGGACAGCAAGAGACGCGCCGUUGGCUGCUGUACAGAUUACUGGCGGCUGGCUUCUCUACAAGUCGAAUACUCACGAUGAGGGUUUCCUUACUGCAACGUUAAAGGGAUUCAGUGUUAUUGACAACCGUGAAGGAACUGAAAAAGAGUUUAGACUGGCUGUAGGAAGACCUGCAGAUUUAGAUUUUGGUGACUCACACUCCCUGACUGAUGGAGAUCAGGGGUUAUUAACUCAGUCCCGUGUAACCAAGGGGGGUGAUAUUAGACCGUUUCCUUCGAUGCUCACUCUUGAUGCUCAAUUUGGUCAGUCGUCAACUUUUGUUUCCCUUUGUAUUCAAAGGCCACAGCUGCUUGUAGCUUUGGAUUUUCUACUGGCCGUAGUAGAGUUCUUUGUCCCUACUAUUGGCAGUGUGCUAUCAAGUGAAGAGGAUAAAAACCUUAAUAUGGUCGACGCAAUCAUCAUGGAUCAGUAUAUCUACAAGCAACAAACUGCUGAAGCGUUUCUUUCUCCUCUGGGUCCUUUAAUAGUUGAAGAUGAGAAAUUUGAUGAUUUUAUUUAUGAUGGUAAUGGUGGAACGUUAUACCUGAAAGAUAGACAUGGCGGCAUCCUUUCUUCUCCCAGUACAGAGCCUAUUAUUUAUGUGGGAAGUGGGAAAAAGUUACAAUUCAGAAAUGUAGUCUUCAAGAAUGGCCAAGUUUUGGAUUCAUGUAUCUCUUUAGGAGCCUACAGCAGCUAUUCCGUUUCGGGAGAGGAAGGGGUUGAGUUGGAAGUAUAUCAUAAACCCCCACAACAAGACUCUGAGAGGAAGGACGAUCCGGUUUCUCAAUCUCCCAGCAUCACAACAGAGAAGUCCAUGGAAAUGAUCAUUGAGUUCCAGGCUAUCGGCCCAGAACUUACUUUCUACAACACAUCAAAAGACGUAGUUAAAACGCCAGUACUCUCUAACAAGCUUUUGCAUGCUCAGCUGGAUGCUUAUGGCAGGAUUAUUAUAAAGAAUGAUGAAAUUGAAAUGAGUGCUCAUACGAUGGGUCUGACCAUGGAGAGUAAUGGAGUGAAAAUUCUGGAACCGUUCGACACCUCUGUAAAGUAUACAAGUGUUUCUGGGAGGACGAACAUACGUCUUUCAGUUUCAAACAUAUUUAUGAACUUUUCGUUCAGCAUCUUGAGAUUGUUUAUAGCGGUUGAAGAAGACAUUUUAUCAUUUCUAAGGAUGACAUCCAGAAAAAUGACUGUCGUCUGCUCAGAGUUUGAUAAAAUUGGGACCAUCAGAAAUCCCUGUACAGAUCAGAAAUAUGCAUUCUGGAGACCCCAUCCACCCCCUGGUUUUGCAAGUCUUGGCGACUAUUUGACACCAUUGGACAAGCCACCUACCAAAGGGGUUCUUGUUGUUAACACCAAUUUGAUGAGAGUGAAGAGGCCUUUAUCUUUCAGAUUGGUUUGGUCACCUUUAUCUUCCGGGGGUCUAGGUGAUUCUUCAACGGGUGACAAAGAUGAACGAGACAAUUCGUGUUCCAUUUGGUUCCCUGAAGCACCAAAGGGUUAUGUGGCGUUAAGCUGUGUGGUAUCAAGUGGAAGUUCACCGCCUCCACUGGCCUCUGUCUUCUGCAUCCUAGCUUCUUCUGCUUCACCUUGCUCUCUCAGAGAUUGUAUAGCUAUCAGCUCCACGGAUAUUUCUCAAUCAAGUUUAGCAUUUUGGCGCGUGGAUAAUUCUGUUGGCAGUUUCUUACCUGCGGAUCCGUCUACUCUCAACUUAUUAGGAAGACCAUACGAGCUACGUCAUAUAUUAUUUGAAUCCACUGGAGUCUUGCCAAAAGAAUCCAGCUACGUCGAUGUUCGUACUACUCCUGAUAAUUCUCAGCCCACACAGCCACAGCCACUGCAUUCUGUUAGAUCAAGUCAGCGAUUUGAAGCUGUUGCCUCCUUUGAAUUGAUAUGGUGGAAUAGGGGCUCAGGCUCGCAGAAGAAAGUUUCAAUAUGGCGACCAAUAGUUUCUGAAGGGAUGGCUUAUUUUGGAGAUAUUGCUGUUAGUGGGUAUGAACCUCCAAACUCUGGUGUGGUUCUUCAUGAUACUGGCGAGCAAGAUAUCCUUAAAGCCGCUGUUGAUUUCCAGCUUGUUGGACGUGUCAAGAAACACAGGGGAGUAGAAAGUAUAUCUUUCUGGAUGCCUCAAGCUCCACCGGGUUUUGUUUCUUUGGGUUGUGUUGCAUGUAAAGGCACACCUAAACCAUACGAUUUCACCAAAUUAAGAUGCGCUCGUAGCGAUAUGGUAGCUGGUGACCAUUUUGCUGAAGAUAGUUUGUGGGAUACCUCUGAUGUGUGGCAGAGGGUAGAACCAUUUAGUAUAUGGAGCAUAGGCAAUGAGUUGAAGACCUUUAUUGCCCGUAGUGGUUUGAAAAAACCACCACGGAGAUUUGCUUUAAAGCUAGCAGACCAGGAUUUGCCUGGGGGCAUUGAUAACAUGGUCAUACAUGCAGAAAUUGGAACUUUUUCUGCUGCGCUUUUUGAUGACUACGGGGGACUGAUGGUUCCAUUGGUUAACGUUUCUUUGAACAAUAUAAGUUUUGGAUUACUUGGCAAAAUCAACUACACAAAGUCAACCGUCAACUUCUCCUUAGCGGCCAGGUCAUAUAAUGAUAAGUAUGAAGCAUGGGAGCCUCUCAUUGAACCUGCAGACGGAUUCUUAAGGUACCAGUUCAACCCGAGAUCUUUCGGCGCGGUUUCUGAGUUACGCCUGACAUCGACGAAGGACUUGAAUGUGAAUGUCUCAGUUUCAAAUGCUAAUACAAUUAUCCAGGCGUAUUCUAGUUGGAACAGCCUUAGCAACGUCCAUGAAUUUCAUAAAGAGAGAGGAGCAUUUCCUGUAGUUGACAAUGGAAAAUCUGUCAUUGAGGUGCAUCAGAAGAAAACCUAUUUCAUAAUUCCACAAAACAAGCUUGGGCAGGAUAUUUAUAUUAGAGCCACCGAAAUCAAAGGAUUUAAGGAUAUUGUAAAGAUGCCAUCUGGGGACACAAGACCUGUAAAAGUUCCCGUCUUGACCAAUAUGUUGGAUUCUCACCUCAGAGGAGAACUAUGCAGGAACCCUAGAAUAAUGGUUACAGUUAUUGUGAUGGAUGCACAGCUUCCAAGAACUUCUGGAUUGUCUUCUCAUCAAUACACUGGAGUUAUACGUCUGUCCCCCAAUCAGACCUCCCCAGUGGAGUCAGUGCUUCGCCAGCAAAGUGCACGUACUUGUGGAAGUGUUUCAAAUAUGUUUUCCUCUGAGCUGGAAGUGGUUGACUGGAGUGAAAUAUUUUUCUUCAAAAUUGACUCACUGGAUGACUCUAUCUUGGAAUUAAUAGUGACAGACGUCGAUAAAGGUGCGCCUGUUGGCACUUUUUCAGCCCCGUUAAAGCAGGUAGCACGAUAUAUGAAGGACAACCUAUACCAGCACAAUUAUGCCGAUGACCUUGUCUGGUUAGACUUGUCUACAACUGAAACCAUGAGCAUGAAUCAAGGGGGUCAAACAAAGAACUGCGGGAAAAUAAGAUGCGCUGUACUGUUGCCAGCUAAAUCAAAAGUCGUGGACCAAAGCAAAUCCACAAGUGAAAAAAAAUCUGGAUUUAUUCAAGUAAGUCCUAGCAUUGAGGGUCCGUGGACGACGGUGAGGCUAAAUUAUGCUUCACCUGCUGCGUGCUGGCGGUUGGGAAACGAUGUUGUUGCAAGUGAAGUUAGUAUGCAUGAUGGAAACAGAUACGUAAAUGUCAGGUCUCUAGUUUCGGUGGAAAACAAUACUGACUACCUACUUGACCUCUGCCUGGAGCCCAAAGUCAAUUCAUUUCCAAAUAUAUCAAUUGGGUUGCUGAAACCUGGCGAUACGUUGCCGGUUCCCUUGUCAGGACUGACACAGUCUGCAUCGUAUGUUCUAAGGCUGAAGUGUGUAACGCCUGAUGGUUCUGAUGAAUAUUCUUGGAGUUCUGUGGUUUCAUGGCCUGGGGGACCAGUGGUUGCUUCUGAAUCAGAGUCUGAAAUAUGUAUAUCGGCUCUUAUGGAAUCUGAGCACUUGCUACGUUGUACUCAGAUAAACAGUACUUCUUCCGGGGAAAAUAAAAAUAUGUGGUUCUGUUUGAGUAGCCAAGCAACAGAAAUCGCAAAAGAUAUACGUUCGGACCCUAUUCAAGAUUGGACUCUUGUGGUCAAAUCACCGUUUUCUAUAGCAAAUUGCCUUCCAUUUGGAGCUGAGUACUCAGUGCUAGAGAAGCAAACCAGUGGUCAUUUUGUUUGUCACUGUAGAGAUGUCUUUGGUUCUGGAGAAACUGUGAAGGUGCAUACUGUCGAUAUAAGGAACCCUUUAUACUUUUCGUUGCUGCCACAAAGAGGGUGGCUACCAAUGCGUGAAGCUGUCCUUAUAUCUCACCCAAAUGGUGUCCCCGCAAAGACAAUUGGCCUAAGAAGUUCUGCCACUGGAAGGGUUGCGCAAAUAAUACUGGAGCAAAAUUAUGAUGAACAGCAGAAAGUUUUGACGAAGAUGAUCAGAGUCUACGCUCCGUUCUGGUUUUCGAUUGCGAGGUGUCCGUCGCUUACACUUCGACUUCUAGAUUUGUCAGGGAAUAAAAAAACAAGUAAAUUUGGUCUUCCAUUUCGAAAUAAAAAGAAUGACGAAGUAGUCCUGGAGGAGAUAACUGAAGAAGACAUAUAUGAAGGUCAUACAAUUGCGUCUACUUUAAAUUUCAAACUUCUGGGCCUGUCAGUUUCUAUAUCUCAGCUUGGCAGUCAGCAACAUGGUCCUACAAAAGAUCUUUCUGCCCUUGGUGACAUGGAUGGAUCUUUGGAUGUGGAUGCGUAUGAUCCCGAUGGAAAAUGCAUGCGGCUAUUUCUGUCUACAAAACCUUGCGCUUUCCAGUCAGUUCCUACAAAGAUCAUAUCGGUUCGACCAUUCAUGACUUUCACCAACAGGAUCGGUGAAGACAUAUAUAUUAAAUUGAACAGUGACGAUGAACCAAAAGUACUCCAUGCAUAUGAUUCGAGGAUCUCCUUUGUUUUCCAACCAAGUGGGAGAGAUGAACUCCAGGUUCGGUUAAGAGAAACAGAGUGGUCAUUUCCUGUUCAAGUUGCUCGAGAAGACACAAUUGUUCUUGUAUUAAAGAGUCAAAAUGGUGCGCGUAGAUUUUUGAAAGCAGAGAUACGGGGAUUUGAAGAAGGGUCACGUUUUAUAGUUGUAUUUCGACUUGGACCAAGCAAUGGUCCUAUGAGGGUUGAGAAUAGAACAACUGUCAAAAGCAUCAGUGUCCGCCAAUCUGGUUUUGGUGAAGAUUCGUGGGUUUUGUUGGAACCUCUUACGACAGCAAAUUUCGCUUGGGAAGAUCCUUAUGGUCAGAAAUUCGUGGAUGCUAAGGUUGAAAGUGAUCACGGCUCUGGGGUUUUCAGACUAGACAUGGAAAAUGGUGUUGUGGAUUCUGAAUUGUGUAGGGAGUUAGAGGUGAACUUUCAUGUUAAAGAAAUUGGUGACAUCAAGAUUGCUAGAUUCACUGAUGAUGACAGUACUUCACGGAGUCCUCAUGAAAUCACAUCUUUGACGUCGGUUGGAAAUCAUGGAUAUGCUACUCCUCAAACACAUACAGAACAAAAGACCACCACUCUGGAGUUCAUAAUUGAAAUGGGACUAGUGGGAAUAUCUCUUGUAGAUCACAUGCCAAAAGAGUUAUCAUAUUUGUACCUUGAAAAAGUUUUCGUGUCUUACUCCACUGGGUACGAUGAGGGGAGAACUAGCAGGUUCAAAGUCAUUCUGGGCCAUUUACAGAUUGAUAACCAGCUACCUCUAACUUUAAUGCCAGUACUAUUGGCACCAGAUAACACUGGAGAUAGUCAUCAACCAGUGCUUAAGAUGACAAUUACAAUGUGUAAUGAAGAAACUGAUGGCAUUCAAGUGUAUCCAUAUGUAUAUGUACGGGUGACAGAUAAUACCUGGCGACUAAACAUUCACGAGCCUAUCAUUUGGGCUUCGGCUGACUUCUGCAAUAAGCUUCAGAUGGACCGUCUCCCCCAAAGUUCUAGUGUCGCGCAAGUUGAUCCUGAGAUACAUAUAAACCUCAUAGAUGUUUCCGAGGUUAGGCUGAAGGUCUCACUGGAAACAGCGCCAGCUCAGAGGCCUCAUGGAAUUCUUGGUGUUUGGAGCCCCAUUUUGUCUGCUGUUGGAAAUGCAUUCAAAAUUCAGGUCCAUCUGAGGAGAGUAAUGCACAGAGAUCGGUUCAUAAGAAAAAGUUCAAUACUUCCAGCCAUCGGGAAUCGCAUAUGGAGAGAUCUGAUCCACAACCCCUUACAUUUGAUUUUCUCAGUAGAUGUUUUGGGUAUGACUAGCUCAACAUUGGCUUCCCUUAGUAAAGGAUUUGCGGCGCUUUCAACUGAUGGUCAAUUCCUGCAACUGAGGGAAAAGCAGGUUUGGUCGAGGCGGAUCACUGGUGUAGGUGAUGCAUUUGUUCAAGGAACUGAAGCCCUAGCACAAGGUGUUGCCUUUGGGGUUUCAGGAGUUGUUACAAAGCCUGUAGAGAGUGCUCGACAAAAUGGUAUUUUAGGGUUUGCCCAUGGAGUAGGACGGGCUUGCCUGGGAUUUAUCGUACAACCAGUGAGUGGUGCAUUAGAUUUUUUUUCACUGACUGUUGAUGGAAUUGGAGCAAGUUGCUCCCGAUGUUUGGAGGUUUUGAGCAACAGGACCGCUUUGGAGAGAAUUAGAAAUCCUCGUGCUGUUCAUGCUGAUGGUAUACUCAGGGAAUAUGAUGAAAAGGAGGCUGUAGGCCAGAUGCUCCUGCACCUAGCAGAAGCAAGUCGGCAUUUUGGUUGUACAGAGAUAUUCAGGGAACCCUCAAAAUUCGCUUUGUCUGAUUGCUAUGAAGAACAUUUUCUUGUUCCAUACAAACGCAUUGUCAUGGUGACCAACAAGAGAGUUGUGUUAUUACAGUGCUCUGAUCUGGAUAAGAUGGAUAAGAAACCCAGCAAGAUUAUGUGGAAUGUGCCUUGGGAGGAACUUAUGGCGUUGGAAUUGGCAAAGGCAGGUAGCCAAAGGCCCUCGCAUCUCAUACUGCAUCUGAAGAAUUUUCGGAAGUCGGAGAGUUUUGCUCAGGUUCCUUCAAGCCAGAGACAUGUGUAUUUUGCUUGGAAUGAGACUGAUGGAAGAGACUCAAAAUCGUACAGCAACAAGGCUAUUGUUAUUAAAUCAAGAGAACUUUCUUCUUCAAGUUCUGUCUCAGAUGAAAGAAAGCUUGUCAAACAUAGUAUCAACUUUACAAAAAUCUGGAGUAGUGAGCGAGAAUCUAAAGGUCGAUGUACUUUGUGCAAAAAGCAGGUUUCCGAAGAUGGAGGAGUAUGCACUAUCUGGAGACCCAGUUGUCCAGAGGGAUUUGUGUCAGUGGGUGAUGUAGCUCAUGUUGGUAGCCAUCCUCCAAAUGUUGCUGCAGUUUACAAUAACAGCGAUCAAGUGUUUGCACUUCCAGUGGGUUAUGACCUCGUGUGGAGGAACUGCUUAGAUGAUUACAUAAGUCCUGUAUCGAUCUGGCAUCCGCGGGCUCCCGAAGGAUUCACCUCUCCUGGAUGUGUCGCAGUUGCUGGUUUCAACGAGCCAGACCCCAACACAGUCUAUUGCAUGCCGGCGUCUCUGGCUGAGCAGACAGAGUUUGAGGAGCAAAAGGUCUGGUCGUCGCCUGACUCAUACCCGUGGGCUUGUCACAUAUACCAGGUUCGAAGUGACGCACUACACUUCAUGGCUCUAAGGCAGACUAAAGAAGAGUCUAAUUGGAGAGCCAUCAGGGUUCGAGAUGAUUACAGGUCUAUAGGAUCUGAAUCGUCAAACAAUUAGCGUAUAUAAUGAAUCUCUCCACAUUUUCUUUUUCUGCUUUCGGGAAACUUUUGCUUCGUGUGAAGAAUUAAACUUGCAAACAAAAUGAGAUUUUUUACGGUUUUUGGGUAUUCGUGAGAAGAUAGCUUUUAUGGUGAUCUGUGUACAUUUGUGUAUAACGGGAACGCGGGAAGGAUUUACCUGUACAAUUUAUUUGGUACAAAAACCUCAAAUGUAGAGUUUCUUCUAAAACGGGAAUGGUUCUUAUUUAAUUUUCUACUCGAUUUUUGAACAGAAGUCACUAUCGUGUGAUUAUACACAAUUGCGUCGAAUAUGAUAAGAUUUUGAAGAUGAUUUUUGUUUGUUA